AUGCCGAAGAACAGCAAGGUGACCCAGCGCCAGCAGAGCAAUGAGCACGUCACUGAGUCAGUGGUCGACCUGCUCGCACACGAGGAGCCGCUGGACUACAAGAGCAGCUCCCUGAUCGUCGGAGGGGCCGCUGGGAAGAAGCCCAUCGUGCUCGAGGUGCCCGAGAACGAUGGACGCCCCGCCUGGAACAGCAAGCUCCAGUACAUCUUGGCCCAGGUGGGCUUCUCCGUGGGACUGGGCAACGUGUGGCGCUUCCCUUACCUGUGCCAAAAGAAUGGAGGAGGUGCCUACCUGGUUCCCUACUUCAUCCUCCUCCUCCUCAUCGGCAUCCCGCUCUUCUUCUUGGAGCUGGCGGUGGGUCAGAAGAUACGCCGUGGGAGCAUCGGUGUGUGGAACUAUGUCUGUCCCAGUCUGGGCGGAAUAGGGAUGUCAAGUCUAAUGGUGUGUGGCUUUGUGGGUCUCUACUAUAACGUGAUCAUUGGCUGGAGCAUCUUCUACUUCUUCCAGUCCUUCCAGUAUCCUCUGCCAUGGAGCGAGUGUCCAAUCAGAAGGAACGGCACACUUGCCAUUGUGGAGCCCGAGUGCGACAAAAGCUCAGCCACGACUUAUUUCUGGUAUCGACAAACCCUGAACACGACCAGCACGAUCGCAGAGAGCGGCGGCCUCAACGUCAAAAUGACCCUGUCUCUGUUUGUGGCCUGGAUCAUCGUCUGUCUCGCGGUCAUCAAAGGAAUCGCCUCCUCUGGGAAGGUGAUGUACUUCAGCUCUCUUUUCCCCUAUGUGGUGCUCUUUUGUUUCCUGGUCAGGGGGUUGAUGCUGAAGGGAUCGGUGGACGGUAUCGCUCACAUGUUUACCCCCAAGCUGGAGAAGAUGUUGGAGCCCCAGGUUUGGAGGGAAGCAGCCACCCAGGUGUUUUUCGCCCUGGGUCUGGGCUUUGGAGGAGUGAUAGCUUUCUCCAGUUACAAUAAGAUAGACAACAACUGUCAUUUUGACGCUGUGCUCGUCUCGGUCAUCAACUUCAUGACCUCGAUUCUAGCCACGCUGGUGGUGUUUGCUGUGCUGGGCUUCAAGGCGAACAUCAUGAACGAAAAGUGUAUCGCAGAGAAUUCUGAGAAGAUCCAGGGGUACCUCAACUCCAACGUCCUGAGUCACGACCUCAUCCCUCCACACAUGAACUUCUCCGAGCUCAGCAGAUCAGACUAUGCUGAGAUAUAUGGAGUCAUCAAGACGGUCAAAGAGGACGGCUUCGCCCAGCUGGGUCUGGAGCCGUGUCUCCUUGAGGACGAGCUCAACAAGUCUGUCCAGGGCACCGGCCUGGCUUUCAUCGCCUUCACAGAAGCCAUGACUCAUUUCCCAGCAUCUCCAUUCUGGUCGGUCAUGUUCUUCUUCAUGCUCAUUAACCUCGGCCUGGGCAGCAUGAUCGGCACCAUGACUGGCAUCACUACACCUGUUCUCGACUCCUACAAGGUCCAGAAGGAGCUUUUCACAGUGUGUUGCUGCGUUGUGGCCUUCCUGUGUGGCCUGCUGUUCGUUCAGCGCUCAGGGAAUUACUUUGUCACCAUGUUCGAUGAUUAUUCUGCUGGUCUGCCUCUCACUGUCGUUGUCAUCCUGGAAAAUGUGUCUGUGGCUUGGAUUUACGGUACUAAAAGGUUCAUGCAGGACCUGGAGGACAUGUUGGGAUUCCGACCGUGCAUUAUCUACUUCUACCUGUGGAAAUACGUCUCCCCGUUCUGCCUCAUCGUUCUCAUCUCAGCCACUGUCAUAGAGAUGGCCAUCAGCCCACCAGGAUACAACGCCUGGAUCGAAGAGCUGGCUCAGGAACGUUUCGAGAGUUACCCUCCCUGGGCACUUGGCAUGUGCUUCUCUCUGAUCGUAGUGGCCAUGCUUCCUGUACCCAUUGUCUUCAUCGCUCGUCACUUUAACCUGAUGUCCGACGGCUCCAACAAGCUGUCGGUCUCCUACCGUAAAACCAUGAUGAAGGACAUCUCUAACCUGGAGGAGCAGGAUGAGGCCAGAUCCAUCCUCGGAGCCAAACCCGGUGAGGCACCGUCAUCAGCCCCAGCACACAAAGCAUACCUCACUCCUGGAGAGAUCAAACCCCUGGACCCAAACUCCCUGUCUCCAAACAUCUGCUACGGUACCAGCUACCAAAACGAUGCCAUCAGUCCCACCACGCCAACAACACCUGACACGCCCGUCACGCCUGUCACACCUGUCACAAUUGUCACGCCUGUCACACCAGAGUCUGACUCUUGA